AAACAUAGUUAGAAAUCCUUCAUCGUCAAAUUGUCCAGAACGAUGUUCGCUACACAUAAGACUCACAUGACUUCGAGUUUUUAUGUCUCUACAUGGCAUGAUAAUUUCUGCAUGUUAUAAUCAGUGCAUGUUCUACACUAGUUUUAUCCUGUACACUGCGGCAUGCCUCUUCGGUUGACCAUGAGUCAUGACACCAACAUCAGGUUCACAACACCCCAGGGGACCAAGAUGAAGAUAUCAAGUACUGGAGAUUGCAUGGUUUACUCAAUAGAUAGAGAUGAUCAAUUAGAGUUUGAUGGUCCUUGGAAAAGUAUGAAGGCUAGCGCAGUUAUGUUUUCCGAUGCUUCCAAAUCUUACCAUGUAUGAUUUGUGCUCUGAUGGCCUCCGUUGCCGGACCCGCCGGCCUCUACUAGACUACCACAAUAUUUCAUGACGUGGCUGACAAAGUUUUAUUACUUUAUCAGGCGGCGACUACUCUUUACUAAGCAUCGUACGAGAAAGAACUAUGAGCCUAUGUGGAGGUUCAUUGAAAGUACACUUUCACAGAGACUUGAUACUACUAUUAAUAUAAGCUCGCUGAGUUGAUGUACGAGGUGACACAUACAUUUGUUUAUCCCAUGGGUCCAUAACUGAUUCAACAGCAUUAAUGAUAGAUCAGAGUGUGUGCUUAUACUAAUCGCUUAUCUGCGAGUGGGUUUAUUAUAUCAUGGUCUGUAGCAUCGUCAACUAUCGAUCUGUACAUGGAGCACCUUUGCACCUACAUCAUACAUAUGUGUUAGCUUCAGAAGCCAGGCAACCAGGUGAUUGGGUUGGAAAGAUAAUGAGUUAAUGGCCAGCGGAGGCGAUGGAGACGGAGACAUGGAGGUGAACUGAUGAUGCCAGGUGCAUUGUCGUAUCCAGCCGCCCUAUGUCAUUCUCAUGUCUGAAUCCUAAUCCUAUAAUUUGAUUGGCCGGUCCAACAUCCAAGCCCACCUAGAGUAAUUUAGUGGUUACUGCCUGAGUUACCACGGAGCAAUAAACUUAGACCUACUUUGUGCAUCGACCAAGGUGACUUAAUGAAGGUUUGGAUGAAAUCAUGAAACAAUAUGAUGUGCUGAAGAUAUUUGUUGCCCGCAUUCCAUAUCAGUUUCAGUUGUUCCGCUUGAAGUUGGCCCUACCUCUACAUACUACCAUCGCAGCAAGCUCACCCUCGGCUCAGCUUCUAGAUGCGAUACAUAUGAGCAUUGGAAAAGGCCAUUGAAAGACAUUGAUACAUAUAUUCAAUAUUUGAACAAACUUAGAUGAUUAUUUGAUCCCCAAAGAAAUCAGUAGAGAACAUGUUUUGAGUAUACGAAGUUGUUACCUUCAAUUAUGCACCAGAAUAAGAUUGAAAAGGUCUUGAACAUUCAACCAUGAAUGUAUCAGAUAAGGCGGCAUUCAAACCAUGACUAGCUUGCAUACCAUUAAAUUACAUACGUCAAUCUCAUUGGGAAGAUUUUGCAUACUAUAUAUACAGAAACAUAAUUUGCAGAACUUAGAUAAAUAAAACACCUACAAAAUUAAAGUAACAAGAAAUGAACAUCACCUAGAAAAUUACAGUUCAAUCAAUUACACUCGGGCACUGGGGCUCAUUCGCUAUUCCUUGUACGAAAAAUACAGUGCCUAUUCUUCGUGAUGUAACUCAUCAAUAAUCAUGGCUGCCCAAGUAGUUGACAUGCCCAACAGUUGACUUCACAUCACUUGCAUAGAUGCCUCCUCAUCAUUUGCACUCUACUUCACCGUCCAGCUCAUCAUUGGCUGUAUUUAUAGUUGCACUAUUCAAUUAUUGUUCUAUUUCUUAAGAUUAGAUACAUGAUACUCAAGUACACCUUUGUGUAAAAAUGAAUUCACUUAUCAUGGGCACAUGUUCCCGGCUGCUUUGCCGCCGGGUCCUUUCCAGUUUGCCUAUAUAAAGGGUUCGAGGCAGAGCGUAUACAGAUAGAGUCAAUGCACGCACAUCUGUCCUAUACAUCCUAGUACAAACCAUGGCCAUCAGGCACACCAUGCAGCUCCUACCGGCCUUCAUCUUCGCCCUAGCCCUAGUCCUUAUGGCGUCAGCUGCGGCAACGGAGACGAUCCACCUCAAGUUCUACAUGCAUGACAUCGUCACCGGCGGGCCAUCGAGUCCAGCAACAGCGGUGCAAGUCAUCAAAGGUGUGGUGCCCCUGGCCAACGACCCCACCACCUACUUCGGCGACAUGUACGUCAUCGACGACCUGCUGACGGAGGGCCCAGACGCGGCGUCCCCCGCCGUCGGCAGGGCACAGGGGUUCUUCCAGUUCGCGUCGAUGACAGAGUACGCGCUGCUGCUCACUGCCAAUUUCGUGUUCACGGCAGGGAGUCAAAACGGCAGCUCCGUGGCCGUACUCUCCAGGGACGUCAUCUUCGACAGUGUCAGGGAGUUGCCGAUCGUAGGCGGCACUGGCGGCCUCCGUGGUGCGACUGGGUACGGUCUGCUCCGGACACACUCGGUCAACACCACCACCAGGAACGCGGUGCUCAAGAUUGAUAUGUACCUCCGCGUGUAGGUGCAUGCAGACCCUAGGUCUGAACUUACUUUCAUGCAUCUGGUGGGUGCUUGCAUAAAAGAAGCAUCUACGAUUAAUUUGUGUCAUUGUGUGUGUGUGUGUGUGUGUGUGUGUGUGUGUGUCAUGGUCCGGAAUGUCUUCAGCAUGUGAGUGCGUCCGAUUUAUUUGUGUAGCUUCCAGGUGUAAGUGUUAUAAUGUGAGUUCAUGAUUGAUGGAGAUUUUUAUUAAAAUAAAUGAGGUACAACAGUCCCGUUUGUUUACUGUGGUUGAAAUCUUCGAUGUGGCGUGCUGGUGAGGAUGUGUCACAGCUGGAAUAUGGUGUAUAUGGUACGGGGCGAUGCAAGAAUAUCGGUUUUUAUAGGAUGUGCAUUUCCACAUUUUCUUACAAGAACCCCU